AUGGAGGAUUUCUUAAUCUCAGAGCCAGAGCCAUGGCUGCAGAGCCUGCUUGACUCGACGGCAUUUCCAGACAUUGCGCCGCAGCCAUCUCCUGAAGCCCGCAAUUCACCUGCCCCGUCUCGACGGCGCCCAAGAAGCUACCGGCCUCGGAACAAUCGAUCCUGCGACUUCUGUCGCAAACGAAAGUCGGCUUGCAUUGUCGGCGGUGGUCCAAACUGUGGAGCGUGUGUUGCGUAUGGGAGAGAGUGUACAUUCGACCGGCCAGCGAAGAGAAAAAGAACUGAGGCUGCGACUGAAGAUACCUAUCGGACUCCUCCUCAGAAUGCCACCUCCCCGCAAAACGACAGCCCGUUUGGUAGCGGGCCCUCAGAUCGAUCCCAUGGAACACCGGAGUCAACAACGGUUAUAACGCUGCGGGAUUUGACAGAGUCGAACGAUCAGACUCAUAUCGAUCAAGAAAUCGCUGCCUCGUUAGGAGAACCGGAACCUCUUGACAUCUAUCCCACCAGGGCACCUUAUCUGUUGGGGGAUACCGGCGAAUCUGAUCCGUAUCUCCUGAGACAUCCCUGCUUCUGGGACACAUCAGAUCAACAAAAGAACGAAUCAAAAAUCACUUACAAGCGCAUUCGAAGUGGUGCCUACAAACCUGGGGAUCAUGACCUUGGAGACGGCCGGCCCAUCAUGUUCAUGCUUGUGGACCACAGCUUGGUUGAGAGGAGCGAGCCACGAACGCAAGAGGAGGAGCUAGACCGGGCGCGCGUGAAUGUGGAUGAAAUGUGCCCCGGGGAUGUUGGUGAACGUCUGGUCAGGCUGCAUUUCCGUUACAUCUACCCUUAUUUCCCCAUUCUUUCGCAGACGCAGUUUUUCUCGUCCGAAGCUGGGCUAGCGGCAGUCAUCCAAUCGUUGCCUCUAUCUCUCAAGGCCUCAUUAUAUGCUUCAGGGAUUCCAUUCAUCGAUUACGACGACAUUCUGGCCACCAAGCUGGCCCAUUCUCCGCCUUCUGCCAACGAACUCUACCGCAUUGCGUGGCUGGCAAUAUCCAACGAGGUGCAUUCCCCUCAUAUUGGGACUCUGCAAGCAUGCCUCCUUCUACUCCAGCGAGUCACUGAAGACCGAUUCAUCAUGGACACAGGUCUGAGGUGGUGUCUGGUGGCAUGGACCGUCAGCUUGGCUCAUAUGUUGGGCUUGUCCUCCGACUGUUCUGCGUGGCAAAACAUCGCAGACUCGGAGAAGAGGUUAAGGAGGAGGCUAUGGUGGGCAGUCUACGUCAUCGACAAAUGGAGUUUCAUGACCGCCGGACUGGCCAACCACAUCAAGCAGGAAGAUUUCGACGUCCUCCCCUUGACACUGGCCGACUUCCUCCCAGCAGAAGGAAGGGCGGCUCAGAGGCCGUCCGAUCCCAGCCGAGGCGAACCCUCGGUGCUGGACUUCCCAUUUUAUCACUUUGUCGAGCUUUCAAUCAUCCUCUCGGACAUCAUGGACACCUAUUACACCAUCCGUGCCACCGGAAGAACAGCCGCGAAUUUCGAACUGUCGCUAGAGCUCGGAAAGCCUCUGCGGUCCCGUCUGAAGAAAUGGAAGGAAAACUAUGGAUCACGGCCCUCUCCUUAUCCUUUGAUCGGUACCCGAGCAGGCGUCAACUUGGACGGGAGAGCUUCGCUGGGCCUUGCAUAUCCCAUUGCAACCAUGACGCUGUUUCGGGCAUUGAUGAGGCCUCUCGGACACCCCAAUGUCAAGUGGGAUCCGACGGCCAGAGAUGCCGUCCGCGCCGGAGCCAGGGCAUGCUGCGUCGAGAUCGUCGAAUAUGUGGAAAAUCUGCGACGUGGCGUGUGGGAUGCUUUCUGGUACAGCUUCUCCCGCGCGAACUUUGCCAUUGCGUCCUCGUUCAUGGUCCGCAUACUGUUCACAUCGGUAACGCCAGCCGAGCAGAAGGAGAUGACGGAUCUGAUUGUCCGAUGGAAGUGGGCCCUGCGUACCGGCGGUGGCAAUGCAGGCAAUAUCCAGAUGAGACUGGCACUACUGAGACUGGAUCGCUGGCUGCUGAAAGUCGGAGUGCGAGAUCCAGAGGACCAGGCCUAG